CGGCCUCCCGGAAGUGGCGCUUUGGGCGGCCGGGCCUGCUGCUGCCGCCGCCGCCGCCGCCGCCGCCGCCCCCGGGGCCUGAGGGGUCGUCGCCAUCAUGGGGGGGGGAGACCUGAAUCUGAAGAAGAGCUGGCACCCCCAGACGCUCCGCAAUGUGGAGAAGGUGUGGAAGGCGGAGCAGAAGCAUGAGGCGGAGCGCAAGAAGAUCGAGGAGCUGCAGCGGGAGCUGCGAGAGGAGCGGGCCCGGGAGGAGAUGCAGCGCUACGCCGAGGACGUGGGGGCCGUCAAGAAGAGAGAAGAGAAGCUGGACUGGAUGUACCAGGGCCCCGGCGGCCUGGUGAACCGGGACGAGUACCUGAUGGGCCGGCCCGUCGACAAGUACGUCCUGGAGAAGAGCGAGGACAAGGAGGCCGGCUGCUCCUCGGAGACGGGCCUGCUGCCCGGCUCCAUCUUCGCCCCGUCGGGAGCCAACUCCGUCCUCGACAUGGCCAGCAAAAUCCGGGAAGACCCGCUCUUCAUCAUCCGGAAGAGAGAGGAGGAGAAAAAGAGAGAAGUUUUAAAUAACCCCGUGAAAAUGAAGAAAAUCAAAGCAUUGCUGCAGCUGAGCCUGGAAAAGAAGGAGAAGAAGAGGAAGAAGGAGAAGAAAAAGAAACACAAGAAGCACAAGCACCGCAGCUCCAGCAGCGAGGCCUCGGCCAGCGAGGGCGAGAGGAGCCGGAGACGGGUGUCGAGGAAGGUCGCCGGCUCUCCCCCAGCCCUGUCCAGGGUCCCGGGCUACGGCCUGCAGGUCAGGGAUCCCGAGCAGCGCGGCCGGAGGCCGGAGGGCUCCCCGACGGCGGAGCGGAAGAGCGGCGCCCCCAGGCCCGGGGACAGGUCCCGGAGCGUAUCCCGGUCCCCCCGGAAGGGGACGGGGGAAGGCGAGUCCCGGAGCCGGCAGCCCCGCUCCCCCGGGCCCAGCAGGCCGCACGGCUCCAAGGGAGACAGGAAGGACAAGGACCGGGGGAAGAGCCCCCCGCCGAAGAAGGAAGGGUACACCCGGCGGCACGCCUCGGGCUACACCAGAAAGCUCUCGGCCGAGGAGCUGGAGCGGAAGCGGCAGGAGAUGAUGGACGACGCCAAGCGGAGGGAAGAAGAGCGUCUCAGCAGCCUCAAGAAGCACGAGAAGGAGGACGAGCGGGAGCGGAAGCUGGAGAAGCUGGACUCGCGGGACGGGAAGUUCAUCCAGCGCCUGAAGCUGGAGAGCACUGCCACGUCUUCGUUGGAGGACCGCCUCAAGCGCAACGUCCACUCCAUCCAGAGAACCCCGGCCGCCCUCGAGAAGAACUUUAUGAAGAGAUGAUGUAGUCCGCCCGACCCCCGGGGCGGGGCCGCGUCCGUUCCCUUCCCGAACCCACCCCCCCGCCCCCCGCAAGAGCCGCUGGCUCGUCCGCAUUCCUCUUUAUAAGAGCUGAGAUGACUUCUUCUGAA